AUGACAUUCACCCGUCCAAGAAGAGCGAAGCGUCGUAUCGCCCAAGCCCAGGAUGUGGAGCUGGGGUGGUCGAAUCUGAAAUCUAUUCUGAAAGGUGAAACCACCGCGAUGACUUACAAGGAAGCUCGGGAAGCCUGGAAGUGGGGCGACAAUGUUGUGCUAUCAAGUGGCAAUAUCCUGUAUCGCACGGGUGUGAGCAGAAGAAAGGUCGAAGAAAACUUACCCGAGAUGUUGUUGAGACUAGUGCCAACCACAAUGAUCCAAGAGGUGCUACACAACUGCCAUGACUCCAUUGAAAGAGGACAUCAAGGUGUCGCCCACUCCUACCCGAAAGUAAAACACGACUAUUACUGGAUCGGUCUCUAUGCAGAUGUGGAUAAACAAGUGAAGUUAUGCCUCAACUGCAGCUCAAGCAAGAGCUUGCCGCAGCUCAAAAGCUACUUACUGUGCUCGUUUACGGGAUUGGUGGUCGUUAGAGUGAUGCCGGACACCGAUGCACUGACUGUGGUCGAGGAAUGCAUCAAUAUGAGAUUUGGUGCUUCGUCUCUCAUUCGUCACGCCUGGGACCCGCGCUUCAUGAGCGAGGUCUUCCAAGUCUUCGCUGAACUAAUACAAGCGCGGCCAAGGUCGGCGCUGAGCUAUCGCCCACAAGCGAAUGGACAGCAAGAGCGGUCGGUCAAAACCGUAAUGCAGUCUGUCAAAGCCUAUGUGGAUGCCGAACGACUAGAAAGAGACACCAUUUCAUUUGGUGCAUGGAUGGGAUGCCCAGAUGACAUUACGAGCGAUGACGACCUCUCUGAAGCACUAGCCUGGCAGCGAGAGAUUAACCGCUAUCAUCAGAUUUCACUCGAGCCGGCGAAGGAAUACCAAGCAGCAGAGAAGGCUCGAUGCACUAGACUUCACAACAAGAAACUCAGCCGUAAAGAGCAAGCCGCAAUACCAAAGAGUGUGAACGACGACUCGUCCGACGACGACUCGGAGCCCAAGUCUCUAUUUCGACCUGGAAUCCGAGUUUGGUUGUACCUCCGUGUCAACCGUUCUUGA